AUUAGCCAACGCGUGGCCUCCCAAUUCUUCAAACCUAAAACCUCCAUUCAACACAACUUACUACACAUCUGUUUGCAAUAACCAAAAAUUACCGAAGGAAGCAAAGAGGACAUCAUCAAUUGCCCCAAAAUUUAGCAGACUUCACCUAAUAAUUCAACGAAAUUACAACACUUAGCCUUUUCCGAUUCUCAUCUACCACAAAGAUUAUCUUGCGUUAAUAAGCUUGUGAAACAAUGUAUUCCGGCCAAAGAAACAAACGGCCAUAUGCAGAACAUACAAACUCUGACAAGAAUGUAAGAAGACGUGAUAUUUAUGGACAAAUAUUGCCUGAUAAAAAAGAGGCAAUGUUACUACAACGCCUCACCAAAGAACUUGAACGGCAAAAAUGGAAUAGUUCGAUAAAAUCGGCAAUUGAUCCAGAUGAAAAAUUGGCAGCAACCAUGAUGUUAAUACUUUCUCAAGUUCUUUUAAUAAGGGAAAAAAUGCCGCUCAUCCGUUUUUUGUAUUUGAAAGAGGUAAACCUAGAACGUCUAUGAACAUGUUUCUUAGCACAUCACGGCUUAGGUGUACAUCUAAAUUGUGAGAAGUUGUGCCCCAGGAUCAACAUCGCGUGCAUCUAAGGGACAACAAAAUUUGUUCUCCGAUGCCACAGGCAAAGGUUAGUAUUUCUUUCACGCUAGAGUAACACUUUCAUUAGUAGAAUAUUUUUCAUGUCUUUAUUUUUAACAAUACUUACAACAUACAAGUGAUACCUUCACCAAAUUAAUUCGUAAGAAAAAUAAUGACAAACAUAUGGAUUAUGCAUGAUUAAAAGAUGUUCCAAACUGUAAAUUUUGCAAUGCAAAAAGGUUUUAAUAUGAACCCCCUGGAUUUUGCUGUGGCAGCGGGUCAGUUAAGUUAGUUUCAUAUGACCUGCCUAAUGAAUUAUCAGACUUGUACACAGGUAACACUGAAGAAGCUAAGCACUUUCGAACCUACAUUAGAACAUACAACAAUAUGCUUGCCUUUACGUCACUUGGUGUAACCAAUGAUAAAGAUUUAGCGAGGAGAUAUCAUGGUAUAUAUACGUUUCGAGUUCAGGGACAAAUGUACCAUUUUAUACCUGAUUUACUUCCUUUUGAUAAAAAAGGAAAGAAUAUGCAAUUAUACUUUUAUGAUAACGAAAAUGAACUUGCUAACAGAAUGGCUUGUUCAAGAAAUAUUAACGAAUCAAUUGUAAAAAGGCUUAUGAAUGUGCUCUUAAUUAAUCCAUAUUCCAUUUUCUUAAAAUCCUUGACAAACGUUCCGAAACUAUCUGAUUGCUAUAUCGCGCUUAAAUAUGAACCAAAGUCAGAUCAACGUGUAUAUAAUCUACCAACUACAACAGAGGUAGCUGGAAUAUGGGUACAUGAUAAUGUUGUCGAUAUUGUUUCUACGCCUCAUAUUCGUAUUUACACACAUAGUGACAAGACUCAAUCAGUAAACUAUUAUUAUGGAUAUUAUGAUGCAUUACAAUAUCCAUUAUUAUUUCCAUACGGUCAAAACGGGUGGCAUUGUGGUAUUAAAAAAAUUAUACGAACAGAUCAACGUUAUUGUAAAAAUGAAAAAUUACCGAGUGUAAAGAAUAUGUGUUCCAUUGAUGGAUUUCUUGAUAUGGAAGCUCAAACUAUGGAAAAAGGAAAACGAAAAAGAGAGACAGUUUCUUGUCGUGAGUAUUAUUGUUACAAAUUUCAGAUAAGAGAGGAUGAAAAAAAUGAGGUCCUACAUUGUGGAAGAUUAUUUCAACAAUUCAUAGUAGAUGUGUUCAUAAAGCUAGAAACACAAAGAUUAGAUUUUUAUUUUUUUAAUCAAGAUUUGUUUCGAAUGGAUGUGCUACAAGGACUUAUUAAUUUUUUAAAACUUGGUGAAACAGAAGCUUCCAAGAUUGGCAAGAAAACAUUCCUCCCUGUUACUUUCAUAGGAGGGCCAAGGGAUAUGCGUCGACGGUAUAUGGAUGCUAUUGCAUUAGUGCAACGAUUUGGAAAACCUGAUAUUUUUUUAACUAUGACAUGUAAUCCAUCUUGGCCAGAAAUAAAACAACACUUGUUAUCAACAGAUGAAACUCAAAAUAGACCUGAUUUAGUAUCACGAGUAUUCAGAGGAAAAGUAGAAGAAUUAAAAGCAGAUAUCUUGAAAAAAAAAAAUCUUUGGAAAAGUUGCCGCUUUUAUGUAUACUAUAGAAUUUCAAAAACGUGGUCUUCCACAUACUCAUUUUCUUAUCAUACUUACUGGUGAGUACAAAUUGUUAGCACCUGAAUCUUAUGAUAAGUUUGUUUGUGCGGAGUUGCCUGAUUGUAAUAAUGAAGAGCACCUUUAUUCACGUGUGCUUCAACAUAUGAUGCACGGACCGUGUGGUGAUUUAAAUCCUACAAAUUCAUGUAUGGGAAAAAGAGGGCUUUGUAAAUUUAAUUAUCCAAAAGAUUUUGCUGAGCAAACAUCAAAAGGAAAGAAUUCGUAUCCAAUUUAUAGAAGACGAAGCACAGGUAAACUAGUACAUAUAAGGGAACAAUAUUUGGACAAUUCAUGGGUUGUCCCGUACAAUCCUUACUUACUUUGUAAGUUUGAUUGUCAUAUGAAUAUUGAAGUUUGUUCUGAUAUUAAAGUUGUAAAAUAUAUUUACAAAUACAUUUGCAAGGGACAUGAUAAAAUUGCUUUCUGUAUACAUAACAAUGAAGAAAUAGAUGAAAUAAAAGAAUAUCGAUCUGCUAGAUGGGUAACACCCCCAGAAGCGGCAUGGCGUUUAUUUGGUUUUGCUAUUAGUGAAAUGACUCCGACUGUUUAUCAUCUUCAAUUACAUUUAGAAGGGCAGCAAUUUGUUUCUUUUAAAAGUAGUGAAACUGUGAAUAGAAUUUUAAAUAAUCCGAUGAUUAGAAAAACAAUGUUGACUGAAUUUUUUGCUAUGAAUAGAACUAAUGAACAUGCUAUAGCUAUGCAAUUAUUGUAUAAGGAAUUUCCAGAACAUUUUGUAUGGUCUCCAGGAUAUAGAACGUGGACACGUCGGUAAAAACGUAACGUAAUUAGACGUGUUGUAACAUGUCAUCCAACAGAAGGAGAGAGGUAUUAUCUCAGGUUAUUAUUGAUGAACGUGAGAGGGCCUGAAUCAUAUGAAGGUCUUCGCACUGUUAGCGAGGUACCCUGUAGUACAUUUAGAGAAUCAGCAGAAAAAAGAGGAUUAUUAUACUGUAGCAAUAGUCUAAUUGAAUGUAUGUUAGAGGUUGUUAGCUAUCAAAUGCCAUAUAGCUUGAGACGCUUAUUUUCCACACUGUUAGUAUAUUGCAAUCCUGCUGAUCCAAAAAAAUUAUGGGAAAUGUUUGAAGAUUCAAUGUCCGAAGACUUUAAACAUUUCUCUGAUUUUGAAGAAAAAGGUGUUCGGCAUAAGGUUUUAAGCCAUAUCAAUGAUAUCUUGCACUCUAUGGGACACGACAUAAAUGAGUAUAAGCUUAUUCCAAAGAAUAUUAGAGCUUCCGAAACUGCAAAGGAUGCAAAGGAUAUUCAUUUUGAAAGAAAUAUAAUUGUUAGUGAACAAGACUUACUUUUACCGAAGAGAUUGAAUGUUCAACAAUUACGCUCAUAUAAUACAAUAAUUGAUAGAGUAUUUUCUGAAAAACAAGGAACAUUCUUCGUCGAUGGUCCUGGAGGAACAGGUAAAACUUUUUUAUACUGUGCAUUAUUAGCAACAAUCCGGUCUCAAGGAUUUAUAGCUUUAGCAACUGCAACUUCUGGUGUGGCAGCUUCUAUCCUUCCAGGAGGACGGACUGCUCACUCACGGUUCAAAAUGCCUAUUGAUAUAGAUGAUAAUUUUCGUUGCAACAUUAGUAAACAGAGUUUGCUGGUAUGUCUAAUUAGAGAUGUGAAAUUAAUUGUAUGGGAUGAGGCAUCAAUGGCAAAAAAGAAUAUAAUUGAAGCUCUUGAUACACUUCUAAGAGAUAUUAUGGAUGUCGAUACAAUGUUUGGUGGUAAAGUUGUCGUAUUUGGAGGUGACUUUAGACAAACUCUACCAGUUGUUCGAAAUGGAAAAAAAAAAGAUUUUAUUUAUGAAAGCUUAUUGUAUUCUGAAAUUUGGAAUAAGUUUGAGAAAUUAUGCCUAUCUGAAAAUAUGCGCGCAAGAACAGAUCCUUCUUUUUGUGAAUAUUUACUCCGAAUUGGAAAUGGAACAGAAAGAACUAACUGUGAAGACAAAUUAGAGAUUCCUGAUUCUUUUGUUAUUCCUUUUACGACUGAAGAAGAAUGCUUAGAUGCAUUGUUUAGUGUAACUUAUCCUGAUUUGCACGCAUUUUCUCAUGAUUCAUCUAUGAUAACCUCUCGUGUUAUUUUAACAACGAAGAAUGACUUUGUAAAUGAAAUAAAUAAUAUGUUGAUCACUAAAUUUCCACAAAGGUCUAAAACAUUUGUUGCAGUAGAUGAAACUAUUGACCCGAACGAUCAAAGCCAGUUUGAAGAUUUUCUACAUAGUUUAGAUCCUCCUGGUUUACCGCCUUAUAAGUUAACUUUAAAGGAAAAUUGUCCUGUUAUAUUAUUACGAAAUCUAAAUCCUUGCGAAGGUUUAUGCAACGGUACACGGUUAACAUGCUGUGACUUUAGAACACAUGUCAUAAGUGCUAAAAUUGAAAGUGGUGAUUUCAAAAAUACACAUGUAUUUAUUCCGAGAAUACCAUUGUUAACAACACAAGAUGAAAAAAUACCGGUUCAAUUUAAGAGAACACAAUUUCCGCUAAGAUUGUGCUUUGCUAUACCAUAAACAAAGCUCAAGGUCAAACAUUAGAUUUUAUUGGAAUUUACUUACGUGAACCUGUUUUUUCUCAUGGUCAGCUUUAUGUUGCUUUAUCAAGAGCGAAAAGUUCAAACUGUGUUAAAAUACUGAUUCGACCAUCUACAGCGGACAGUACUGAUGAUCAUUCAACAUAUAAUGUGGUUUAUGAUGAAAUUAUUCAGAAAGCUUUCUCGUAGGAGACCUAAUGAUCUUUAGUUCAACAAUGAAAAAACCAAGUUUUUAACUCCGCUUGUGUUUCGGUUACACUACUGCACCACAGCCGGUCCCAAGCCCGAAAAAAGGAGAAGGGUUUACUGUCUAUCUAUGAUUUACAAUUCUAGAAUGCAGGAUGAUUAGUAAACUAGCAUAUAUUGGAUCUUCCAAAAUCAUUAAGGUAUAUCUAUUUUAUGGUUCUUCUGAGUUACUUUAUUACAAAAAAACAUUUUCCAUUGCAUGCGCCUUUACUCGAACUUAUUUCUUUUUACGAUUCUUUAUUUACAGAACAAAAAUGUUGAGGUGGACAAUAUAGUGUGCGCGUGAGGCAUUGCCUCAGUAGCAAAAGUUUGUACUGCAAUGUGUUUUCUUCCGUCAAUCAAUCAUAUUUUAUGG